AUGAACUCCCUCCGCCUCGCCCGUGCGGCUGUUCGAGCUCGCCCUGCAGCCUUUCGGGCUGUCGCCCAACGGAGAACCUACGCUGAGGCCGUUCCCGACAAGUCCAUCUACCGAUCCCAGGACGUUGUUCAGGUCAACAUCCCUGCCGAGUCUGGUGAAAUGGGUGUAUUGGCCAACCACGUUCCUUCCAUUGAGCAGCUCAAGCCUGGUAUUGUUGAGGUGGUUGAGGAGAGUGCUGGUUCUAAGCAGUUCUUCCUCGCUGGUGGGUUCGCUACCGUUCAGCCCGACUCUACCAUGAGCAUCAACUCUAUCGAGGGUUACCCCUUGGAGGACUUCAGCGCCGAGGCCAUCCGAGCUGGUAUUGCUGAGGCCCAGAAGGUUGCCGGCGGCAGCGGAAGUGAGCAAGAUAUUGCUGAGGCUAAGAUUGAGCUGGAGGUUCUUGAGACUCUUGCUGCCCAUGUGAAAUAG